CAUUUAAUUGCACAAACAAAAAAUCUUUUUUGGUGGAAUAAAACCGCGAGUUGCGACUUUCGCCUCUAUGCGGUUGGCAAUAGGGGCAGGCACUUGGCGCCAUUUUCUACCGGUCGAGUGUGAAAACUUGUUCAUUUUGAAAUUAACUUACAAUGAUGGACUUUUUGAACUCUUUCAAGUCCUUAGUGAAGGUGGAACAGAUCCGUACUGACAAUAACGUGUUCCGUUUGCACUACAAAUUAACCGUGAUUAUGCUGAUCGUGUUUUCCAUACUCUUGACCAGCAAGCAGUAUUUUGGGGACCCCAUCAAUUGCAAAGUGGAGGAGAACCGGGACAUCGUCGAGACGUACUGCUGGAUACACGGGACGUACAUCCGGCGGGACACCCUAUCAGGCAAAAGUGGGUUUAUUCCGGGUUUGGGGCUCGACAACCGCGACAUACGGCCCUGGAUGCGGAGCCCUGAUGAUAAAAUCAUCUGGCAGAAGUACUACCAGUGGGUUUGUAUCGUUUUCUGCUUCCAAGCGCUGCUCUUCUACCUGCCCCGUUACUUGUGGAAGACGUGGGAAGGGGGCCGUUUGAGGCUCCUGGUGAGCGACCUGAACACCCCCCUGGUGACGGCGUCGUGGAACCCCACCACCAAGUCCCAAAUGAUCCAGUACAUAAUCAACGGGAAAUAUUUCCACACGUUGUAUGCCAUCAGAUACGUCGUCUGUGAGAUACUCAACUUGGCCAAUGUGAUUUUGCAAAUUUUCCUCAUGGACACGUUCCUGGGGGGGCAGUUCGCCCUCUACGGUUUUAAGGUCUUUGCCAACGGGGACAUCAACGCAAUGAACGAAGUGUUCCCGAAACUGACCAAGUGUCAGUACAGGUUUUACGGCCCUUCGGGCUCCGAGGUCAACCGGGACGCCCUCUGUAUCCUCCCGCUGAACAUUUUAAAUGAAAAGUUGUUUAUUGUGUUGUGGUUUUGGUUGUUUUUUCUUUCCGGUGUUACUUUUUUGUCGCUAAUUUAUCGUUUUGUGGUCGUUUGUGUGCCGAAACUGCGCGUUUAUCUCCUAAUGGCGCAAGCCAGGUUUAUCGGGAGUAAACAAGCCACUUCGAUUAUACAAAAGUUCAGUUACGGCGAUUUUUUCGUUUUGUAUCAUGUUGGCAAAAAUGUUAACCCGAUUGUUUUCCGGGAGCUAGUUUUAGGUAUUUAUGAAACGCUCAAGGACAAAAAUCCCUACGUGUAUCCCGGGGUUGAAGUCAAUACUAUUUAAAGUGUUCCUAGACAACUUAUUACUUAAGUUACCAAUUCCUAGUUAAGUUAAGCUCGUUCGUUUGAUGUAACUUUAAAUCACAAAUUUUGGACUUGGGACCCAAAUUCAAACAUUCUCUGAACUUAUCGUUACAUCACAAGUGUUCAUGUUGAUUUUUAUUUAAACAAAAUAUUGUAUUUUGAUAAAGUUUUUGUAUUUUUGUUAAUAAAAUAGUUACAAUUCA